AUGGUACAGCGGCCCCAAAACAAUUCCGGCCUACCCGGCUCUGGUGCAUCGACCGAGAACGGCCAGAACGAACCUGAUGCCACGAUCAGAAGGCCAUCCGAACUCGACAAAACGCCGCACAGCGACCAGCAUGAUCAGCAUGCAACACGACCUCAAGCCCAACCUGUGACCCCUCACGACCUCGUGCCUGGAACCCAUCCGGUGGUUGCCGACGUGGAAACGGCACAGCCAGGAACCUCCCAGCAGCAGGGACAACUACCCGACGUACAGGGUCAAGGACGACGGAAACAGCAAAAUCCAUCAACGGUUCCCCUCGCCGUGGACCGAAGGCCACAUGGCGGUGGUGAAAAACAUGCCGCAAAGUUCCAGCAAACGGCCGCGUCGCCGCCGCAACAGGAAACACCAACCCCGUCCGAGCCGCCCGCCGUCAUGACAGUGGCCGGGAUGCUGAGAGAACCUACGGCAACUGCAACGGCAACGGUGUCGGCGGACGAGAAGACCCAAACGCGCACGCUGCCCUAUCGUGUGGCUGCAGACCAAGACCAGGAGCAAAAACCAGAUUCCCAGCACGGCGGUGGCGACGACGGCCAUGACAACGGGCCACGUUCGUCCGAGCCCGCCGAGCGACGGGCCGAGUCCCUGCUGCUCACUCCGCUGACACACCCAAACGGACAGUCCAUGUUCCCGUCCAUGUCGACGUCCGAGCAGUCGGACAUGGCCCGAGAAGCCUUGUCACAGGCGGAGGCGUCCAUUGUCGCCGACAGUUCCGAGGAGGAACGGCUGCCGCCCGAUGAAUCGGAUGGCGGCUACGACAGUGACGGCUUCAGUUCCGGCAGCACCACGGCCGAGUCGUCGGUACGGGACUACCUGUACGAGAACGGUCGGCGCUAUCAUCGCUUCCGCGAAGGCAGCUAUAACUUCCCCAACGACGACGUCGAGCAGGAGAGGGAGGACAUGAAGCAUGCCAUGGUGAAGCUUUUGUGCAGCCAGAAGCUUCAUUUUGCCCCGAUAGGGAACCACCCGCAGGAGGUGCUUGACAUGGGCACCGGCACCGGCAUCUGGGCCAUAGAGAUGGGCGACCAGUUCCCGAGCGCUCAUGUGCUCGGCAUUGACCUAUCACCCAUACAGCCGGACUGGCUGCCGCCCAACGUGAGGUUCAUGGUGGAUGACAUCGAGUCUCCCUGGCUCCACCCUCGCAACCACUUCGACUACAUUCAUUCUCGCCACACCGUCAUGGCCAUCAAGGACUGGAUGCGGCUCUUUCGCCGGGCCCUGGAACAUCUGAAACCGGGCGGCUGGAUCGAGCUGCAAGAGAUUCACCACCGCCCCAAGAAGGCCCAGGCGAGCGGCACCAUACCGCCCGAGCACCCUGUCGUCCAAUUCUGGGCGAGGGUGACGGAAGGCCUCAACGCCCUCGGCGUCAACCUCGACAUGGCGGCGGGCGGUCUGCUAGCGCGCAUGAUGCGCGACGCUGGCUUCGUCAACGUGACGGAGCGUGUCUUCCACGUGCCCAUCGGGACGUGGCCCAAGAACAAGGUGCUCAAGACGGUGGGCUUGUACUGGCGGACGAUCCUGCUGGACGGCAUUCAAGCGAUCGCCCUCGGGCCGCUGACACGCGGCUUGCAAUGGAGCCGAGAUGAGGUCGAGCUGUUCCUCAUGGAGGUGCGUCGGGCGUAUCACGACAACGCGGCGCUCAUGUACAUGCCACUGCACGUCAUCUACGCCCAGAAGCCAGAGUCCACGGCGUGA